UAGAACCCGCCGCCUCUGACUCCCCGAGCCCGGGCUCUCGCCCCUCUUGGGGAUCAGGGGAGGGGCGAAGGCCGGAGGGCUUCCUGGAGUCAGCCGGGUGUCCGCGUCCGGACGGAGAGGGCGGGAGCCCACGGCCCCUGUCCCGCAGCCACCCUCGGGGGCGAGGGCUGACCGCCGCCGCCCCGGGAAGCCCUAGAGCCGUCCUCGCUCGCCGACCCCCUGUCCCUCUUGGACCCCUUCCCCCCGCCCGCCCUGCAGAGAGCAGCAGGGACGCCUGACGGAAGCCGUGAGAUGAGGGGGUGGAUCCCCACCAGGCCUACCCCCCGACUCUGGUUGCGAUGACCCCCACCCCAGGGAUUUCCUGCCCUUGAGAGGCCCGUUCCGGGAGAGCGUCUCUGGCCGGGCCUCGCCGCGCCCGCCCCUCGGGUCCCCGCUUCCCCCCGGCCUCUCCGGCCGCCCCCCGGCCCGGGCCCCCGAUGCCCGCCCCCCCGUGAAUGAGCACGGCGGCACCGCCGAGGGCCCCGGGGGGGCGGGGCGGGGGGCGAGCCAUGGUGCUCCCGCCCCCAGACAAGCACCACGUGUGCCUGACCACGGCGGUCAUCGUCACCAGCAUGGCCUGCAUGGACGCCUACCUGGUGGAGCAGAACCAGGGGCCCCGCAAGAUCGGCGUGUGCAUCAUCGUGCUGGUCGGGGACGUCUGCUUCCUCAUCGUCCUGCGCUACGUGGCCGUGUGGGUGGGAGCCGAGGUGCGGACGGCCAAGCGCGGCUACGCUAUGAUCCUCUGGUUCCUCUACGUCUUCGUGCUGGAGAUCAAGCUCUACUUCAUCUUCCAGAACUACAAGGUGGAGCGGCAGGCCGGCCGGGGGGCGGACGGGGCCCGGCCGCUGGACACGGUGGCCCGCAAGGCCCUGACCCUGCUGCUCUCCCUCUGCGUGCCGGGCCUGUACCUGGUCCUGGUGGCCCUGGACAGCAUGGAGUACAUCCGCACCUUCCGCAAGAAGGAGGACCUGCGGGGCCGGCUCUUCUGGGUGGCCCUGGACCUGCUGGACAUCCUGGACGUCCAGGCCAACCUGUGGGAGCCCCAGCAGACCGGCCUGCCCGUCUGGGCCGAGGGCCUCAUGUUCUUCUACUGCUACAUCCUGCUGCUCAUCCUGCCCUGCGUGUCCCUGAGCGAGAUCAGCAUGCAGGGCGAGCACAUCGCCCCCCAGAAGAUGAUGCUCUACCCGGUGCUCAGCCUGGUCACCAUCAACGUGGUCACCGUGCUCAUCCGCGCCGCCAACAUGGCGCUCUUCCAGGACAGCCGCGUCUCCGCCAUCUUCGUCGGCAAGAACGUCAUGGCCCUGGCCACCAAGGCCUGCUCCUUCCUGGAGUACAGGCGGCAGCUGCGGGAGUUCCCGGCCCCCCACGGCCUGGCCCUCGAGCUGCAGGCCAACUCCGUCGCCCCCAACCAGACGCUGCACGGGAUGCCCGGAGGCCCCCACGAGCCGUCCCCGACCCGCGAGAUCCUGGACACGUGACCCCCGACAGAGGGGACGGGGGCCGGGGCUCGGGCCGGGCCGGUUAGGCGGGGACGUCGGGAAGGGGGGGGUACUGUGGGGCGCAUGGUGCAUGGACUCGGGGUGGGAGGGAGCCUCCCCCCCACCCGAAAGGAGACUUGUGGUCGGGGGGGAGCCGCCCCAGGCCGUGCCCGACCGCUCCCUGCGGCCUCUUCAUCUCAGGAAUCACCCGGAGAGGCCUCUGGGAAAGCCAAAUGUCUUGCCCCACGUUCGCUCAGAUCGGCCGCCCGCCCGGGGUUCCUUCCCCGGCAUCCGGAUCGAGGGGUUUGGGACCGCCAGCCGGAGAUGGAGUUUUGUUACUGGAAUCUUUUAUCUAUGGGGCGGAGUGGGGGGUGGGGGUGGGGGGCGCACCAGCCGCAGUAGAUCCCGUGAACGUGGUUGUCUCUGUUCCUUAAAGAAUUGUGUUUACAGUUUCCUAUUUAAACCGUGUAUUUCCUCA